GGGCGGAGGCAUGAGUGUGCUGUUUUGAGGGAGGCGGCGCGCGGCCGGCAGCCAUGAGCUACGACCGGGCCAUCACCGUCUUCUCUCCGGACGGGCACCUCUUCCAGGUGGAGUACGCCCAGGAGGCGGUGAAGAAGGGCUCUACGGCGGUUGGGGUCAGAGGGAAGGACAUCGUUGUUCUCGGCGUGGAGAAGAAGUCUGUGGCAAAACUUCAGGAUGAAAGAACUGUGCGGAAGAUCUGCGCCCUCGAUGACAAUGUCUGCAUGGCUUUUGCAGGGCUCACAGCUGAUGCCAGAAUAGUUAUAAACAGAGCUCGUGUAGAAUGUCAGAGCCACAGACUCACCGUGGAGGAUCCGGUCACCGUGGAGUACAUCACGCGUUACAUCGCCAGCCUGAAGCAGAGGUAUACCCAAAGCAACGGUCGCAGACCUUUUGGUAUCUCUGCUCUGAUUGUGGGAUUUGACUUUGAUGGAACCCCCCGGCUGUACCAGACUGACCCCUCUGGCACAUACCAUGCUUGGAAGGCUAAUGCCAUUGGCAGAGGAGCUAAAUCUGUACGUGAAUUCCUGGAGAAAAACUAUACUGAUGAAGCCAUUGAAACAGAUGAUCUGACCAUUAAGCUUGUCAUCAAGGCUCUUCUUGAGGUUGUGCAGUCUGGUGGGAAGAACAUCGAGCUGGCUGUUAUGAGAAGAGAUCAGCCCCUGAAGAUUCUAAGCCCUGAAGAAAUUGAGAAGUAUGUUGCUGAAAUUGAAAAAGAAAAGGAAGAAAACGAAAAGAAAAAGCAGAAGAAGACAUCAUGAUGAACCAAAUCCAGCACCUGCUGAGCUGCUUCUUUUUAACUGAAGCAAUGGGUUAUUCUGUAUAGACAAGAUGUAGGCAUUCCGUUUAUUCAUACUGUGCCCCUCUGGAGACCUACAAUAAACCUACUGAUUUUUUUUAAGCUCUUAUUUUAGAAAGAUCUGUGUGUUCCUGAUAUUUUAAUUACUAAAGAUUACGUGGUCAGCUACAGCACAGCAGUAGUGACCCAUUAAAGGAUGAAGAUUGGUUGCAUUUUUCUUCCUGGCACCCUUUAGUGAAUAGCCUCAGCUGUCACUUAUUUUCUUGUUGAAGUGGUUGUCUUAAAAACAACUGCUUCCAAUGAAUUAUGCUUUCUCUGUCCCUCAUUGCUAUUUUCCAGUGUAAAUGGCUGGGGCCCAGAUGCAAAACAUAAUGCUUUCUAUCCCAACUUGUGGUGAGUUUUACAGCACAGGGAUUUGGGGCUGUAAUGGUUUGGGAAAUGAGCAUGAGAUCUGUUUUGAAAGCACAGCAUAAGUGAGUGAGGAGGUGCAUGGAGUGCUACCUGCAGGUCAGUGCAUGAUUCACAGCUGGUUGAGAAUAAAGUGGUGUUGUGAUUGCCCACUAGGGGAUUCAUAGACCAGUGACUUCCUAAUACAAACCUAUGGGCGUGCUAAAACAAUGACAGAGGUCUACUCAUUUAUCCUUUUGUAUUGAACCUCCAUCUCCAUUCCUCCACCCUACCCCAGGUUUGGUGCCUAGCUCAGGUUCUGGUCAGGCCUGUGUACUGUCACAGCUGUCUCUGCCCAGUUUUCUUCUCUUAGCAGAGGUAGAUCACAUUGCAUAAGUGAUAGAGCCCUACCUCUGCACACCAAAGUCAUUGCUGUGUAUACAGAUAGCAGCUGAGGCAGCUCCAGUAUCCUCUCUCUGUCCUGGCCCUCUGCUCACACCCAGCACUGGGGUGAAGCUUUCAGGGAAGGGGGGAUUGCACCUUCCUGCUGUUGUUUCCUGUUUCAGAGAAGCCUCUGCCCCUUCACAGCUCUCACCUAUAAAGUUUGUGAUCCAGGUACAGUACUGCACAGGGAGGCUGUGGUGUGCCCAGACAGACCUGACACUGAAUCUAGAACAAAGAAGCAGUGCCUUAAUAAUAAAAAGGAAUGGUAUUGAA